UGGAGCUCCUCCGCGCCUCGUGUCGCCGCUGCCUGGUUAUACGAGCGCUCUCGCACGCAGGGACGUGUGGAGACAGCGAAGGACACGCACGAGUCGGAUUGAGCCAGCUGUGCGAAGGCUGCGCCCGCAGGUAGCUCUGCCUGGGCCAAACAAGGCUCUCACAGCCCAACCUGCUGCUCUCCGGUCUCCGCGACCCGCAGGCGCGAAGCGCUGUCGCUGAGCUCAAGGCGCCGUCGCGCGGCGAGCGCGGCGAGCGCACAGCGAAAACAAACGUCAAAGAAAAGCCCCGGGAGCGCUCGCGCCCGCAGGCGGCGCCGCGCGACGAGGAAACAUGGCGGCCUCGCGCUACCCCCUCGUCCUGACGGACCAAGAGCGCGCCAUGCUCGAGGACACGUGGCCCCUGGACCUCAUCACCUCCAAUGAGAGGCAGCCUCUGGAAGUCUUCACGCCGACGGCCUUCGCGGCGCAGGUUUUAUUAGCUGAUCACUUGGAAGACGUCGUCGUGUUCCGGAACGGGGAGCAGGCCCUGGGUAUAGCAAGGGAGGACUGUUUACCGGAAUGGGUCUCUGACUGCCUCGAGCACGCGAAGGAUCCGAGUGGUGCUUCCGUUUUGAAAUUUCUGAGGAGGGCCGUCGAGCAUCCCGAAUCCAAACUACUCAAGGCCAACGUGGAGUUCACGACGUCCUCGGGCAUCCAGAAGGAGGCCAAGGUCCCGCGGCGGUCGCGGUCGCGGUCGCGGUCGCGUUCUGUGGGCGACCGCGCGCAGGUGACGACGUCGCGAUCUCGUAGUAGAUCUAGAUCUAGAUCGCGAUCGCGCUCGAGGUCCCCCGUGCAGGGCUUCGUCCAAGACGACGAGGACCCGCGGUGUUUAGCGCCGCGAUUACGAGCCGUCGAGGCCAAACUUGAGGCAGGAGACGCCAAGGAAGCCGAUUUGUACGUGUGCGAACUCCGCCGCAUCAAAUCCAUCAAGCAGCCGCCGCCCUUCCCCGUGCCACACCCCUGUGCAUUGCUCGGUGCGCGGAAGACGAAAACCCUGCGGAAGAAACAAGUAGCUGAUGCACUUGGGGAUUUGGCAAGGUGGACGCUGUCCUGGGACACGCAGGACGAUGGGGUGUUUGUCGGGGGGCGCGGCGCGGGCAAAGGGUUGCACGUCGACCAAGUGCUCUGGAGCAACGUCGGGCACAACUACACGGGGUACAAGUUAUUGGCGACCUGGGCUCCUGGACAAAUAUCCACAAAGCUGCACGACACGAUGCUCGAUUCGGUGUUCACGCCGCCCCUCAAGCAGGAUCAGUUGGAUGCGUUACGGCAGGCGUCGAGAAUUGUACUCUUGCGACCGGGCGACGUGUUCCUCAUGAGCGGCGGCGUCGCGCACGCGACUUUGACGGUUGGGAGUGAAGAACUGAACCUGACGGCUUAUGAAUCCGUCGUAACUCUAAACCCGCGCCACGCGCGGCACUUCCUGCGGAGCGGCGACCGCAAGGGUGAAUACGCGACGGAGCGCGGCGGCAUGCCGCGGCGCGAGCUCGAGGACUUCAAGGACUCGACGAUCGACGCGUUGGAAGCUUUAGCGAUCGCGCCGCAGCCCGACUUCCGGACCGCGCGCUUUCCCGUGACGGACGCGGACGCCGCGGCCUUCCGGAGCGUGUUGCGCGACCACCUCGCGGCGACCAUUGAACUGCUCGACGGCGAGGACCGCUUCUACCGGAAGCAUCUGCCGCCGCGGCUGCUCGCGUACCUCCGGGCGCCGGCGCCCGAGCCGCUCUCGGGGCCCUCGGAGAUUGUGGAGUUGCCGCGCUACCGGCCGCCGCCGCGCCAGACUUGGCGCCGCUAUUAGUCAAGAUUAAAUUUAAACAAG